GUAUAAAAAGUACUAAACAUAUAAAAGGCAUAAAAGAUACAAAAGGUACAAAAGGUAUAAAAAGUAUAAAAGAUAUAAAAGGUACAAAAGGUAUAAAAGGUACAAAAGAAUUACAACAAGCUUCUGAAUCUAAUAGAGAUAAAAUAUGA